AUGCCUCCAUCCUGGGAUAAAUGCCUCUAUUUCUCUCAGGAUGGAGGCAUUUCUUCAUGCUUGGAUGGAGGCAUGAAGAAAUGCCUCCAUCCAAGGAUGGAGGCAAGGAGAAAUGCCUCCAUCUUGGGAGAAAUGGAGGCAUUUCUCCAUGGAUGGAGGCAUGAAGAAAUGCCUCCAAGCUUGGAUGGAGGCACUUCUCCUUGCCGAGGCAUUUCUCCUUGCCUCCAUCUUUGGAUGGAAGCAAGGAGAAGUGCCUCCAUCCACUACACUUUUCCAUUGGAGGUUGAAUGUACCAUACCGAAAGAUGAUGGCACCUUGGCAUCAUUUGUGAGGUUCAAGACAAUGGAUUGGAUCUUAGAUGAGUAUUCAAAAUUUCAUGGGUAUUUCCCUGCAAUAGUAACUGGAAAACCUACUGAUCUUGGUGGAUCUCUUGGAAGAGAUGCAGCUACAGGAAGAGGUGUCCUCUUUGCAACUGAGGCCCUGCUUAAAGAGAGUGGGAAGAGCAUUGCUGGUCAACGUAUUGCUGUGCAGGGUGUUGGUAUCUUAUUAUCAGGGUUGUAUGGAACUCGGAAUGGAUCAUCUGUGUCUAUGUAA